AGAGAAAGGAUGUGAAGGGGAGAAGGAGGCGGUUUGUGGAUUGUGGUGCGGUACGCCGAAGUUUUGUAAAAAUUCCUUGGUUGUUUGUAAGCCAACGGACAAGUCCACUGCGAUGUCUGUCAAUCACAGCCGCUCACUAUUCGACACAUUUUCAACCGGAUAAUCCCGAGUUGGCGUUCUGGAUUAUUGCUCCUGCUGUGUUUUUGUAGGUAGAGAAAUCAAUUCAUCGGUUUAGCCAAGACUGGAUUCGGUUUCUGCGGACUUCGAGAUUAUUUCUCGACUUUUCUCUCUCGUUUGGAAGCCGUGUUUCAGCGUUCAGACUUGUCACAGGCAGAAGUUGCAGUUCCAAGUGGUUGCACUGUUUGUGGACUGGGAGCGGAGACCGGAGACGCACACGUGUAUCCUCCCUCCUCCGGCUGCUCACACAUUAGCGAUCUUUGGAUAAAAAGUUGUUUAUCUGUUUGGGAUCUCGUUCAAAACAGGAAGGGGAAGUGACAGAUAACAUGUCGCUCAGCAGAAGUAUUGAAUUCGAACACUUUGAGGAACGAGAGAAGCCGCACCGGACACCGAGGACCAACUCAGGCUCCGGGUCCCAAUCUGGCUCCAGAGGCAACGGUCUGGUCCCCAGCCCGGCGCAUAGUGCGCACUGCAGUUUCUACCGCACGCGCACUCUCCAGUCCCUAACGUCCGAGAAAAAAGCUAGGAAAGUGCGUUUUUAUCGCAAUGGAGACAAAUAUUUUAAAGGUUUGGUGUAUGCCGUUUCCAACGACCGGUUCAGGUCCCUGGAUGCUCUGCUCAUGGAGCUCACACGGUCCCUGUCGGACAACGUCAACCUCCCUCAAGGAGUCCGAACGUUAUACACGUUGGAUGGAGGCAAGAAGAUCACCAGUCUGGAUGACUUAGUGGAGGGUGAGAGUUACGUGUGUGCCUCCAACGAAUCCUUCCGACGCGUGGACUACAGCAAGAAUGUCAACCCCAACUGGUCAGUGGGCAGCAAGACCGGCACAUCACGCUCCCUCACCUCUCUCAUCCCGCUGAAGAGUGAAUUGCAGCGUGAAUCCAAGGACUUCAUCAAACCGAAGCUUGUCACAGUCAUCCGCAGCGGCGUCAAACCCCGCAAGGCAGUUCGCAUACUGCUCAAUAAGAAGACAGCACACUCCUUUGAGCAGGUGCUCACGGACAUCACGGAUGCUAUCAAGUUGGACUCUGGAGCUGUCAGGAGAUUGUACACUUUGGAGGGCAAGCAGAUUACCUGCCUGCAGGACUUCUUUGGAGAUGAUGAUGUGUUUAUAGCCUGCGGCCCAGAGAAAUACCGCUAUGCCCAGGACGACUUUGUGUUGGAUCACAGUGGUAAGGCUUCCACAGCCUUUAUGACUGAAUGCAGAGUGCUGAAGUCAUCAUACAGCCGUUCUGCUACCCCCAACCGGACAGCUAAGAGCCCUGGACCUUCACGACGCAGCAAGUCCCCUGGUGCAGCAAGGCGACCUGUCCACUACUCCACCAGUCAGUCUCCAAUCAAAUCCCCAGUAAAUGGUGUCUCAAGUAGUCAGAUCUCAACUCCAAAGUCCACCAAGUCCUCCACUCCAUCUCCCACCAGCCCCCGGACCACCCCCAGUCUUAAGAUACCUCCAUCACAUCACAUCUCCUCCCCAAAUGUAAAUGGCUCAUUGAACAACCACCAAGAGCAAAGCAAUCGACUGAGUCCAGAGGUUAAUGGCAACCGCUACCUGCCUGCCACCACCAUUUUGGAAAAAUACAAAGUCGGGAAGGUCAUCGGAGAUGGCAACUUCGCUGUGGUCAAAGACUGUAUGGAGAGGUCCACAGGAAAAGAGUUUGCACUGAAGAUCAUCGACAAAGCCAAGUGCAGUGGAAAGGAACACCUCAUCGAAAAUGAGGUGGCAGUGCUGCGGAAGGUGAAACACCCCAACAUCAUCAUGCUGAUUGAGGAGGUGGACACUCCCUCUGAACUCUACCUGGUUAUGGAGCUUGUCAAGGGAGGGGAUUUGUUUGAUGCCAUCACCUCCUCUGCCAAAUACACAGAGAGAGACGCCAGCAUCAUGGUCUACAACCUUGCGGGAGCUCUGAAGUACCUGCACAGCAUGAACAUCGUCCACAGAGAUAUUAAGCCAGAGAACCUGCUGGUGUUUGAGUACCCAGAUGGCACCAAGUCACUGAAGCUUGGGGACUUUGGCCUGGCCACAGUAGUCGAGGGACCCCUGUAUACCGUAUGUGGCACUCCUACAUAUGUGGCUCCAGAAAUCAUCGCAGAGUCAGGCUAUGGUCUGAAGGUGGAUAUCUGGGCUGCAGGUGUCAUCACCUACAUCCUCCUGUGUGGCUUUCCACCAUUUAGAAGUGAGAGUAACUUGCAAGAGGACCUGUUUGAUCAGAUACUUUUGGGGCGACUGGACUUUCCCAGUCCUUACUGGGACAACAUCACCGACUCAGCUAAGGAGCUGAUUGGAAAGAUGCUGCAGGUCAAUGUUGAGGCUCGAUACACAGCACAAGAUGUCCUCUCCCACCCAUGGGUCACGGACGAUGCAGUCAUAGAGAACAAUAUGAAGAUGGAGGUGACAGGUAAACUAAAGACGCACUUUAACACUGCGCCAAAGCACAACAACACCACAGCUGGUGUGUCUGUCAUCAUGAACACAGCUCUAGAUAAGGAGACCUUACAACUCACCAUCCAUCGUUGUCCAGGCCCAGAAACUGUGCCGUGUUCAACUUUGUCAGCUUGCAAGAAAGUCCCAUCUGACCUUCCAAUCAAACCAGCCUCACCAACAAAGUCAGGACCAGCUUCUCCAACCAAACAAGCACCGUGCACCAAAGUACCAAAACCUGCCAAGCUGGCAUCACCCUCCAAGACUAUGGGGAUCGCUGUGCCUGAUGCUACAUCCACCUCCAAUUCUCAACCCCCGAGUGAAAAUGACCCGUUAACAGCUAACCUUCACUUCCCUCCCUAUACUCCUGUAAGUUCUCUUCAGUUCUCCCCUUCACCCUCCGUUGAAACUUUCCCCAUCACCUCUUUGCCAGUUUCAUCCCCUCCUGAAAUAAGAACAUCACCUACAUCACCCUCUGCUGCUCCAGAGGUUCACACACCCUCUGGCCCUCCUGGUCUUUUCACCUGCACAACUCCCUCUACACCUGUCUCCUGUCCUUCCCCAUCAUCUCCAACCAAACCAGCUGCUCUUUCUCCUUCUUCUCCCACCAAAGAAGCAACACCCCAGUCUUCGUCUCCCUCAAAACAAGCUUCCCCCUCCCCUAUCUCCCCCAUCAAACCUGUUGUAUUUUUCCCUCUCGCUUCCCCAACCAAACAAGAACCUUCCUCCCCAUCUCCCAUCCAUCCAACCCUGUUUCCUUCUCCACCUUCUACACCUCCCAGAUCCACAACCCCGCCCUCUCCAGCUGACCCUCCCUCUCCCAGCUGUCUUCCUGCUGAAGAGCUUACAGAGAAGGUUUAAUAGUCUGGGCUCAUUUCACCCCCCAACUCCCCAUCUUUCCAUUAUAUAUCAUUAGACAUGGGAUGAGAAGAGUAAACAUCCACCCUGAGUAUUUCCAGUAGCUGUAAACUGAGCCAGUGACUGCUGUGUCCACAUUGUUUCUCUCAUUCUUAUCCCAUUCAUUUUUUUUUUAGAUGGAGGAUACAAGGCAUUUUCUAAGAGUUUGUUGAUUGUAUAUAUAGGUUUGUAUUUAUUAAUGAAGGUAAUGGAGAAAGGGAAUGAAUUGAAUAUCACUGUUCUGAGUGGUUGUCUUUGGAAGUCAUGCAUUACAGUAUCACAUUAAUGUGAAUUCUUUCCUUUAUUUAUUAUCCCAUUUUGACUGCCUGUGGCUCUUUUGUAAAUAGAUCUUCAUUACACACAAACAUCCCAAUGUAACAUCCUUUUGCUUUAGCAGAGAGACAGUAUGUCCAUAAUACAACUAUUUCAGCAUAACAGAUGUCUGAACUUGCUAGCCUAGCUACCUGUAGUGUUAUAUCUCACUAAGCUAACUAUAACCACUCUCAGUAUUUUCUCUGGCAACAGUCAUCCUGAUGAUAACCACAGAUCUACACACGUGAAGUGCUACUACACAAUAUAAUGUACAGGGAGUGGACAAAAUAAAGGUAAUACCUGCCAAAGUAUCAAGAAGCAAAUAACAAGUAAGGCAGUGCUUUGCCUCUUUAGCUCCACUUGGAACUGUUCAUAUUUAAAUUUAAAACAAACAAAAGAUCAUUUUCUGUUCCCAUCUCUUUUGCUUUGUGACCCUCAGAAAGUCUGUGCAUUUUGAUAAUUUUGACCAAAUAUUCAGAUUGUUUUAUUUAAAUACUUUUAGGGGCCUGGAUAUAUAAAAUGUCCAUUAGCUCAAAAGCAAAAACGGAAAAAAAAAAUUGAGAAAUUAAACACAACUACAUGUAGCAGGAAUUGGUUUUAUCUGCUUCCUAUCGUGGUAAUUAUUUCCCAAAUUUCAGAUUUAUCUUGUGACCCUUUAAGGGAGCACUGACCCCCUGGUUGGGAACCACUGCUCUUGUGGUAUCAAGCCAUGCCGAUAGCUUUAGGUUCAUUUGCAGACUUUUAUGAGAUAUCAUUAAGAAUUUUAUUUGUGGUGUUCACAGUGUGUCAAUCCAGAAACAUUAUCCCCAAAACUCUGAACAGUUCACAGAAAAUGAAUAUAUACCAGAAGUAUUUUGCACUUAAGAUAUAGCUCCUGUGUAAGCGAUGUCUGUGAAUUAUCCAGAGUAACUGCCUGGAACAUUGUUUCUGUGAGAUGUGGAUGUUUAAUAUUUUACUUUUUAACGCUCUGAGCACCACAAACAAAAUUCCACACAGCGUCAUGGUAUCAAGGCAGACAGAGAAAUUUCAUAACCAUGUCAAAUAAAACCAAUAUAAUUCAUAAAAGUCCAUCUGGUAGAUAAUUUUGUCCACCCCCUGUAACUGACACUGGCACAUUCAUUCACACACUGACUGUAUGUAUUGUUUGGUGUGAACUAGUUGUACAUAGUGUGAAGAACCUUAGCUGUCCACCUGAAACUUGAAGGUUUGUUUUUGCCUGUGUGUGUCUGAGCAGUUAUGAUCCUCAGUGUCAUAACUGCAGUAUAUAACAUUAAACACUGUAGAUCCAACAGACAUGAAACCAAACUGUAGGCCUGUUUCUCAAGAACUGUACAUUUCAAAGCUGAACUGCUUAGAACUACUUUAGAAGUACUCAAACAAGAUGCACAUUCUGGUUUUAGUUGAGUGCCAGUUAAGAUAAUUCCCAAUGACAAUGCUUUGCCAUUGGCUGCAUGAAACUAACAGUGUUCCUUCAAAAUAUUCAGUCAGUGGUUUUGGAUAUGUUGGAUUUACACAGUAAGAAUGAAUGUGUUGUCAAGGUAACAGGUUUGUGCCUCACCACUGGGUAACAGCUCAUAGCUUGACGAUGCCUUUAUCAAAACCAGCUUGGCUAAGAAAAGGGAUCCCAAAUCGUGCAUCCUAAAUUAAUUUAUAAGUGAUUUGUUUUGUCCUUGUUUGUACCUGUUUUAGACUCCACAGCAUUUAUCCCAGCUGGUGUUAGUAGGGCUAAAUCCUCCUGUGGCUCAACAUGCCUCGUUACCUCUUCAGGACGCUCAGCUGCAUGAAUACUCCUUUCCCAUUUUCACCACCUCCCUGUAAGACAAAGCCUGUCACACGUACACACAGUCAAAUUGGUCAUUUAGCUCCUCUUAUGUAUAUGUAGUUAGAGUUUCAUAUGCUUUGUCAUAGCAGUUUGUAAAGGGAAAUUUGUAUGAAAAGACAGUUUUAAAACAGGUAGAUCAACUGUGUCAAACUGGAGUAAUGGUUUUUAUUAGGCAUAGAGUGGCUGCUUUUAAUGUCCCACUAUUUUGAAACAGCAGAGAGCAAAAAAUAAAAAUGCAAUAAAGACUUGAAACAAAUGCA